UAAAUGGCCGCGACAUCCUUGUAGACCGUUGACUGACUCUUUUUGACUCGAGGAUUCAGACUGAGAAAGUAACAGAUAGUCCUGCUAAUUAACAACCUUUUUAUAAAGCCGGCUGAAAGCAACAUGUUUUGCUGGGGAUACCGGCUUACAAGGAAGAAACAUAGUUUUUCUGUCAGUUGGAUGCCUAACAAAUUUGCUUUGUAUCAAAGCUUUGUUUCAAACAUUCCAAAGAGCCCAAGCUGUAGCAGCAAAUUCCAUCCAAAUUAGCCGCUGGACUUGCCUUGAAGUUUUGCCCAGAAAUUAGGGAGACAUGAUGGCGCCCAUGUGCACCUAAGCAUGUCUUGACGCAGUCCGGGAAGAACAUAUUGAGCCUUGGCGCAAGAAAGGAAGCAUAUAGGCCAUCCUCUGUCUCAUGUCUCUUCUAAACUUUGACGAGGUCGCCUCUCCUUGCUCUGCCUCCGUCCUCGACUUGUUUUGCCAGCAAAACGAAAUAUAAAUAUGAGUCUGCUAGGUUAAGCUCGGAUGAUUGAGACCUUGAAAAUAUUCUUAUGGAGUGAGCAAUAGCUAGCAACUCUUGAAAAAGACAUCCGACUUAAUCUGCACGGUCACCCCAGUGCCCACCAGUGAGCAAAACUGUGCUAGUGCCACAAUUAUUUCUACUCUUUGGUCCAAGGGCGUGGUCUGAGGUAGUACAGUCUUUGUCUCUGCGUGCACAUGGUGGUAUUAACGGAUGCGUUCCUCUCUUUUUCCCUCUCUAGUUAUGUACUAUUUGUUUGUCCUUUUGACUCGUUGAAGGCGUGUGGUAGUUUACUGAGGAAACUAAGCUGGGUUCCUGGUUGAGCUUAACUUGCAUAAAUAAGCGGCUAGUUUGUGGGCAGUCAUCAGUGACAGAACCGCAUAUUACUGCUCGAUCGACUAAUUAAGCUGACCUUUUCCUAAGCGAGGUAGCUGGUAGUGGGAAUCAAUGGCAUCCCCGCUGCUGGUGCUACUCAAGCCAGGAACUGUCGAUGAUGCUCCGGCUUCUCCAGCUGCUCAAGCCGUGGUUCGUCAGCCUCCACCCGCUCCUGCAGUUUCAGAUGGUGCUGAGCACCUCCUCCAAGGCCCUGAACACCUAGGAGGAGGACGUCCAGAUGGUUCAUGGAGCACACUUGAGCCCACUCUGGCUGACAACAUGGUUGGCGGAAACCAGAUGCUUACCAGUUCCUCCAAAAGCUUCCCUGGGCACGUAAUUCGUGAACCUCCCCGCAGAUUAAUGGCGCCCAUGCGACGCUCCCUCGUGUCGCAGCAGGGGAAGCGACCGUGGAACUAUCUUGGGAGCUCAAGAAUGUUUCCUAACCACCCGAGUCAUGAACCCGGACAUCCUUGGAGAAGAAAGGCGCAGCCUGUAAGAUCCUGAUACGGUGUGCUGGAAUCAAGAUCUCGGCUGUUGCAUAGUAGUACUAGCACUGUCAUAAAUAGGGGUAUUCAUUUUGUAUGCUGCUCCAGUCGAAUUGAUCAAGAAAUGUGCGCGCUCAAAACA